GACAAGACAGGGCUUACCCCUGCGCAUGAGGCAGCUGCAAAUGCUCGGGCAGAGGUGUUGCAAACCUUGUACGAUCUACGCGUGAACCUGUCUGCGAGAGACAAGAGUGGACAAACACCUGUGCAUGUAGCAGCUUCCCAUGGUCAUGGAGGCGUCCUGAGGAAGCUCAAGGAGCUAGGUCUUUCUGUGUCCAGCCGAGAUGAGAGCGGCAGCACCGCAGCCCACAAGGCCGCAGCAAGAGGUCACGAAGGCGUAUUCAAAGAUCUGAAGUACACCGCAGCUCACGUGGCAGCCACUGCGGGUCAUGUCGGGGUGCUGCAAGAGCUUCACAACCUCGGAAAAGAUGGUAACACUCCAGCACAUGUAGCAGCAGCUGAAGGGCAAGAUGCCGCACUGGAGUUGCUGAAGCAGCUGGGCUACAACUUGGAUGUCGCGGAUAUCCUGGGAGCCACUCCGGCGCACUCAGCCGCGGACAACGGCAUGGGUACUGGACAACUAAGGCAUAGGGCGGCAACCUUUGGUCACGUCCGGGUGCUGGAGGCGCUCAAAAAGGAACUUGGCAGGGCUGACGAUCUGUCAGCCCAAGAUGACGACCUGCAAAGUCCUGCUCUGUUGGCAGCGACCAGGGGACAGGAUGCUGUGGUACGAACACUGCAUAAGCUUGGCGCUGAGCUCUCGUCGCGGGACCGGAACGGGCUUUCUUCCCAAAGUCUUUACAAUCAAGGCACUGGAGCACAUUGGGCAGCGGCAUGGGGUCACGUCCCUGUUCUGCGAGCUCUUCUGGAGGCAAGAGCUGACCUGUCAGCUCGCGACAAUGUUGGGCAAUUUCCAGCCCACAAGGCAGCAGCAGGCGGUCAGAAGAUCUUGCUCUGCAAGUUGAGCGAGUUCAAGGCAGACAUUUCUACCCCUGACCAGUUUGGCUACACUGCAGCGCAUGGAGCAGUGUAUUGCGGUCAUCUGGCCCUGCUACCAACCCUGCAUGAGCUGGGCGUUGAUUUAUCAGCUCCGGACAAUGAGGGGCAUACUGCUUUGCAAUAUGCAUCGAGCAUGAUGCCUCAAGCAGCAGUUCUUCAGCUGCUGCAUGAUUUAGGUGAAAGCUUUUAG